CGCUUUUGGGUUACUUACAGAGGACGAACCGGAGCAAAGUCUUGGGGUAUUGUGUAACGCAACAUCACGGAAUAAAUUCCCGGAAACACUGACCACAGAUUCCACUCGGUGUCUUCACUUCGCCUGCUAUUAGCAGGAAACGGCGUCAGUCGCGCUAUAAUUUAACCAAAUUAACUAGCGAACAAUGCGAUAGUGCAGCCAAGUCACACGGAUAGAGAUCCAGACAGAUAACCAGAGGAAAAGUGAGCCCACAGAGGUACAGAACACACAAGGUUUGGUUGGAUUCGUGUCAAACAAAAAAGCAAACUAAGAAAAUGUCCAAACCUAAUUAUACUGGCAUUUACCACAUGGUUUCCCAGGAAAAUUUUGAAGGAUAUCUCGCGGCUUUGGAUGUUAAUUAUGCAUUAAGGAAAAUUGUCUCCAUUCUGAAACCCAGCAAACAUAUUGAACAUGAUGUAAACACUGGAAAGAUGAAGAUUAAGACAGUCACCACCUUUAAGAACUUUGACAUGGACUUCACUUUGGGACAGGAGUUCACUGAGGACCUGGGAGCAGUCGAUGGGCGAAAGUGCCAGACCACAGUGAAUUGGGACGGUGAUAAAUUGAUCUGCGUGCAGCGAGGAGAGAAAGAGGGCAGAGGCUGGACACACUGGCUAGAUGGAAACCUCCUCCAUUUGGAGAUGAGGGCUCAGGGUGUCACUGCCAAGCAAGUCUUUAAGAAGGCUGAGUGAGGAUGGAGAGAAGAGAGAGAAAUAGAGGGGCCAUUUGCUGGGGUUUUUGAGCUCAGUUUGUUCUUAGAGCCCAGGGUUCACAAAGAGGCCAUAUUGCAACAGUGAUUUGUCCCUGAGCUGCAACAAAUAGUGUUUAAAUGGAGACUACAAAUGAAGAAAUUGGUUCAAAAUUUAAAUGCAAAGGUUAAAUGAGAUCACAACAAUACAGCCCUGUUGCCCUCUGUGAACAUUUAUCAAUGGUACUGUAAAAUAUGGAUCAGGCGAGAUUCAUGGCACCCUAAUAUUGUAUUCUGCAGAUAUGUUAAAAGUAAGCAGAAGCAUUGAGCCAGUGGUUUAGCUAGUCAGGUGCAACUUGAAUUCUUGAUUUCUACAUUUUAUCAUAUAAAUCUGUGUGAUAGGAUUUUGAUUAAUUGCAAUAGUCAAACAUUGUCUAAAAGUGCUGAAAUUCCUGUGGUCUGAAAUAUGUAGAUUUGUCCACUUUAGAAUAUAACCAUUUAUAUUAACAUAAAAUCCUGUUUGUAUGAA